UUAGUUCCCAGAUAGCACAAACGUUCUAGGAAUAUUCCUACAAAGUGAAAAAGAGGUAUGUUGUAGAAUAUUCCAAGAAAUAUUCAUGGGAUAUUCUCAAAACAUUUACGAAUAUUCAUAGUAUCAUUCAAGAGAAUAUGCAUAGAAUGUUUCAUGAUAAUGUUCUAGGAAUAUUCCUACAAAGUGCAGAAGAGGUAUGUUGUAGAAUAUUCCAAGGAAUAUUCAUGGGAUAUUCUUAAAACACUACGAAUAUUCAUAGAAUGAUUCAGGAGGAAUAUACAUAGAAUGAUUCAAGAUAAUUUUCCAAUCGCAUUCUCUGGCGUGGUGUUUUGUGUUUUGACAAAAUGGUGAAACUUGAUGAUUGCGCGUUUUCGGAAACUUACUCGGGUUCACUGGAUCCCUAAUCUUUGUUUACUUUUAGAAGGUAAAAUAAUGGUUACGAGUGAACCAGAGUAAGUUUCCGAAAACGCGGAAUCAUCAAGUUUCUCGUUUCACCAUUUGGUAAAAACGCAAAUGCUAACACAACGCACAAAGCGUAUGUUGUAUGUUCUGUGGCACAAAGUUAACUUUGUGCGUUGUGUUAGGUUAGGUUAAUGCAGAACGCAGAUCUUCAACUCGGGUUCGUAAACUGUGAAUGUGAAAUAUAAAUAUUGUUGCUGGUUCAUAUGCAUAUAAGAGUGAUAGUUUUACUUGACAUAACUAAGUAAGAUCACCAUCAUGGCAAGAAAGUAUUCAGCAAAUUUUUAUAAGAAAGUGAAAAUCCAGACGGACAUGAGCCUGAGUUAUCCGAAUAUUCCACCCUCUGCUUCUUUUUCUUCGAUAGUUGAGAAUGAGAUCAGGAAUGAAGAUGAUGUUGAAAUGCACAUGCCGGAAUUGCAAAACCCAGUGCAUGAGUUGAAUGAGAUGGAAAAUAUUGAGUUAAUUAAGGAAGGAAAAGGUGGACACAUUUCUGAAUAUUCAUUCCCAAUAUUAGAUUCUCUUCAAACAAAAACUAGCCAUAUUGAUAACAAGAAAGUUGAUAAAGAGGAAGAUAUUAAGUCUAAGUUGAAAUUGUGGUCAAUUAAAUAUAAUAUAAGUCACGUUGCUCUAAGUGAUUUAUUGAAGAUAUUAAAAAGUUCAAAAGCCCAGUUAGAUGAACUUCCGAAUGAUGCUCGUACUAUUUUAUCAACAAAGCGAACCAUUGAUGUAAGAAAUAUUGAUCCAGGCUCUUAUUGCCACGUUGGUAUUACUGAGGCUGUGACUUAUCUCUGUACGAAAAAAUGUUAUGAUAAAAUAGAAUUGCUCAUUAAUAUUGAUGGGUUACCUCUCAGCAAAAGCUCUGGCAGUCAAAUAUACCCAAUUCUUUGUUCUCUAUAUGAUGAUCCAAGAGAAGUUGCAGUUAUUGGUGUAUACCAUGGUUAUGAGAAACCUUCGAAUGCUAAUGAUUUUCUGGGAGAAUUUGUCCAAGAUGCAGUGGAACUAUCUAAUAAUGGCAUUAAAGUGAAUGGUGCUUGCAUUCCCUUCAAAAUUAAAGCGUUCAUUGCUGAUGCUCCAGCCAAAUCGUUUAUUUCCUAUACCAAGGGUCACACAGGAUUUUUUUCGUGCACCAAAUGUGUGCAAAAAGGAGAAUUCAUUAGAAAUCGUACAUGUUUCCCCAAGAUAAAUUCUAAAAAAAGAACUGAUAAAGAUUUCAGACAAAAGAAUCAGAUACAACAUCAUACAGGAACUUCAGCCCUUGAAAAUAUACCUGAUUUCAACAUGGUAAGUGAUAUUCCCUUGGAGUAUAUGCAUUUAAUUUGUCUUGGUGUGAUGAAAAAGCUCAUUGUUAAUAUAUGGAUAUAUGGUAAACCUUCUUUCAAAUUAGGAUCAUCAGCAGUUGGGGAAAUAUCCAGUAUGCUGCUAUCUUUUCAAAAUCACACCCCCAUAGAAUUUGCUAGAAAACCUCGUUCGCUGGAUGAUGUUAAAAGAUGGAAAGCUACAGAAUUUCGUUUUUUUCUUUUAUAUUCUGGUCCAGUGGUUUUGGAAAAAUUUCUACCUCAAGCGCAGUAUCAAAAUUUUAUAUGCCUGCACAUCGCCAUCAGAAUAUUAUGUAAUGAAACACAUAUUGCUGAUAAGGAAUAUUUUGAACUGGCUGAAUCUCUUCUGACAUAUUUUGUUCAAGAUUUUGGGAAUAUUUAUGGUCAAGAAUUUAUAUCCCAUAACAUUCAUGGACUGGUUCAUAUUGUUGAUGAUGUAAAAAUGUUUGGUAAGCUGGAUCACUACAGUGCAUUCCCAUUUGAAAAUUUCAUGCAAGUUUUAAAAAACAUGGUCAGAAAACCUGAUAAGCCGCUUUCCCAAAUCAUGAAGAGAUUGUCUGAAAGGAUGAAAGUUCCAAAAACAAAAAACAUUGGAGUUUUAAAAUAUGAACGUCAUCAUAAUGAUGGUCCUACUCUAGAAGGAUACUCUACACAAUUUGAGUUGGUCAGAUUUGACUAUUUCACAAUUAAUAUAAAGAGGUCAGGUGAUACAUUUUGCUUACUGCAAGAUGGCAACAUUAUGAAAGUAUACAAUUUCAUAGCAAAGAAGGAACAAAUAUAUGUAUAUGGAAAAGUUUUUACAGAAACAAGUGAUAUUUUUUCUCGUCCAAAUAGUUCAUGUGACUCAUCUGACAUUGAUGUUUAUUUUGUGAGAAAGGAAAGCUCAUUAGAAACCAGGCUUUUGGAUAGUGUCUCAAAAAAAAUGGUAGCUUUUCCACAUAAUGAUGGAUAUAUUGUAUUCCCCUUUUUGCACGAUUGCUGAAAUAUAUCCAAAAAUAUUUUAUUUCAGAAUAAUUAGAAUUUUUAAGAUGUAAUUGCAAUGAAUUGAUUUCUAUUGA